AUUAUUAUUAUGAAAAUGGGGGAAUCUGCUAGAAUUGGGAUGCCGUUCUUCUCAAUAGCUUAUGGAUGCCGCUAUUGUGCGCCUCUAAAGCAGUUAGUAGCCUUCACCCUCCUCCAUCGUCGUCCUCCACCCUUCCUUGGCACGCUCUCUGCUCACCCGUUAACUCCUUCGUCGUUCUGUCCACCCAAUCCUAGGCUUUUCACGGGGAACUCUCUGUUCUUGAGAAUGGAGCGAUUCUGGAGCAGAGGUGGCAUCGAAGAGAACAAAACGCUAGUGGAAAAGUUGCAGCACUACGGAGUAAUUAGAUCAAGGAAAGUAGCCGAAGUGAUGGAGACUAUUGAUAGAGGAUUGUUUGUACCCGAUGGAAACCCCCCUUAUGUCGAUAGCCCCAUGCAGAUAGGCUAUAAUGCCACCAUAUCUGCACCUCAUAUGCAUGCCACAUGUCUUGAGCUCUUGAAGGAGAAUUUGCAACCAGGCAUGCACGCGUUAGAUGUUGGUUCAGGAACGGGCUACUUGACAGCAUGUUUUGCAUUAAUGGUUGGACCACAAGGCCGUGCAGUUGGUGUAGAACACAUUCCUGAGUUGGUUACAUCUUCCAUCGAGAAUAUCAAGAAGACUCCAGCAGCACCAUUGUUGAAAGAAGGUUCCCUCUCCAUUCAUGUUGGUGAUGGCAGGCUAGGUUGGCCAGAGUUUGCACCGUAUGACGCCAUUCAUGUGGGAGCAGCAGCACCAGAGAUACCUCAACCACUUAUUGACCAGCUGAAGCCUGGGGGCAGGAUGGUGAUUCCUGUUGGAAACGUUUUCCAGGAUUUGAAGGUAGUAGACAAGAAGCUCGAUGGCACCAUCAGUGUCUAUAGUGAAACCUCUGUCCGUUAUGUUCCACUGACUAGUCGAGAUGCUCAAUUGCGGGGUUAUUGACAGAGUAAGUUCUUCAGGGAUGAUGUGUGGUUCCAUAGGAUGGCUUGUUAUUGUCACAUAAAAGUUCUUGCAAGUGAUGCAUGAAUUCUAGUCUCUUAAUAGAUAAGGAUAUGAUCGAGACAGGACCGAUUUCUACCUACCUUGGAGGGAAUGGUACCCGUGUUCUCUUAAAUAUGUGCUUAUCCUCUGUAAAUUCUCUUAGCAAUAAAGAACAUUUCCCUACAUGCACUUGUUAUUGGGCUGGAGGCCAAGAAAUUCCACUGGUUGACGAUCCUAUACCAUUUCAAAGUUUGUAGGGGAGGAGAGAUUGAGAACAUUCACUGAACAUGGGUCCAAGAGGUGUAUUGCGUAGGACAGUUUGAUGUAUUUUUAGCAUCACAUGUAUGAGUAUCAGGGAAGAAUGAUAGCAUUUGAUUCUCUC